AUGGCGACCGAGUACGUGGCGCUCAAGUCGCCGCGUGCGGAGGCCGUCGACCGGCUUCACCCGAUGGAGACGUCGUCCUGGCUCGGCAUCCUCUUGAUCGCGUGGAUGGACAAGCUCAUCCGGCACGGCGCGACGACGCCGCUGGACGAAGCCGACGUGUGGCCGCUCGCGCCCGCCGACUCGGCCGCGGCGCUCAGCGACCGCUUUGCCGUGCAAUGGGCCCGCGAAAAGGUCGUGCACAAGGCAAUGUGGCGCACGCUCGCUCGUCGCAGCCUCUUGACGAUCGGUCUCUACUUGCUCUACUCGUUCCUGAUGCUUCUGCAGCCGAUCGUGAUCAAGUCGCUUUUGCAGAUCAUCCAAGGCAAGCCCACGUCGCUCGGCCUCGAAUCCGGCUACGGCCUCGCGGCGCUGCUCACAAUCCUCUCGUUCGUCUCGGUGACGGUCAUUGACUUUGGCCAGUACCUCUCGUCGACGCUCGGCUGCAACGCCAAGACGAUCGUCACGGACGCUGUCUACCGGAAGAGCUUGCGGCUCUCCGCGUUGGCCAAGCGCGGCCUCUCGUCCGGAGAGAUUGUCACCUUGUCCAGCGUCGACUCGGAGCGACUCUUCCAGGCCUACCUCCUGGGCGCGUGGACGUUCGCGUCACCCAUCGCCGUCCUCGCCAUCUUUCUCAUGCUCGGUGUUGAAAUGGGCUUCACCAUGUUUCUCAUGCUGUACCUGGGCCACGUCUCGGCCAAGUACGUUGGUGCGCGCAACGAGCUCCUGCAAGUGCAGGCCGAGCGUGUCAAGCUCACCAACGAGCUCCUCCAGGGUGUUCGCGUCGUCAAGAUGUACGGCUGGGAGCCCAAUCUCGAGGCGGCCAUCGAUGCCAUUCGCACUACCGAGCUCGCCCUCCUCAAGCAGUACCAAGCCGCCGCCUCUUCAACACGAUUGCACUCACGAUCGCGCCGAUUCUGUCACUGGCGCUCUGGCUACACGCUCACGCCGUCGAGAGCGUUUACGCUGCUCGCCUAUAUGAACGUCGCUCGACUGCCAUGCAUGACCUUCUCCAACGCCAUCUUGUUCGUCCAGGAAGCCAAGACGUCGUGCGACCGCGUCGGCCAAUUUCUGCACCAGCCCGGUCUCGAAGGGCGCGAUAAAGCCAUGGGCGCCCAGGAUGCCCCUGUGGUCAAGAUCGUAGAUGGCGACUUUAACUGGUCGUCGUCGGAAGACGAUGGUACCUUGACGCUGUCCAACAUCAACCUCCACCUCGCCCCUGCCUCGCUCACGAUCGUGGUCGGCGCUGUCGGCAGCGGCAAGUCCAGCCUCGUCUCGGCCCUCCUCGGCGAGAUCCACCAAGUGCGCGGCACCCGCCACGUCACCGGCAACGUCGCGUACGUCAGCCAAGAGCCGUGGAUCCAGCACGACACGCUGCGCAACAACAUCCUCUUUGCCGACGCUUUCGAUGACGCCAAGUACAGCGCGGUGCUCUCGGCCUGCCAGCUCACGUCCGAUUUGCGCAUGCUGCCCGACGGCGACCGCACCGAGAUUGGCGAGCGUGGCAUCAAUUUGAGUGGCGGCCAGAAGGCGCGCGUGAGUCUCGCCCGCGCCAUGUACCGGACCGAGGCAGAUAUCUACUUGCUGGACGACCCGCUGAGCGCGCUGGACGUGCACGUGGCGGGCGCGGUGUUUCGGGACUGCGUGCAAGGUCUCUUGGCGAGCAAGACGACGUUAUUGGUGCUCAACAGUCACUACCAUCUGCUGCCGCACGCCGAUCGUGUCGUGGUCUUGGUGGACGGCGCGAUCGCGGCGGACGGGCCGUUUGAUGCGGUCAAGGCGCAGUUUCCGGACCUCCAGAGCUUUGCAGAAGGCGAAGCAGUGACUAAAGAGAAGGACGCCGUCGACACUAAGAGCAUCGCAGCGAAAGCGUCAGAUACGGCGAGCCACGGCAAGCAAGCCGACCGCCAGGUGGGCGCUGUCACGACGGCAACGUACUUGACCUACGCGCUGGCGCAGGCGGCGCUCGCGAUGCUCGAUUGGUUUAUGGGAUACUGGUCGUCGACGCCGUCGAUGCUCCAGAGUACUGCCGCGCCGUACAUCUACCUCGGUAUUGCCGUCGUCUCGGUGCUCAUGGUGUGGGGUCGCAGCUGGUACACGCUGGUGCUGGCGGUGCAGUGCUCCAAGCACCUCCACCAGCACCUCUUCACCAAGGUGCUCAGCGCGCCCGUCAACACCUUCUUCGACUUGACGCCGGUGGGGCGCAUCCUCAACCGGUUCUCGAGCGACUUGGACCAAGUCGACUCGCAGCUGCCGUUCUUUGGGAUCCUCUUUCUCCAGUUUUUGUUUCAGAUCCUCGCCGUCGCGCUCGUGUGUGCUGCCACGUCACCGUUCAUUCUGAUUCUGUACCUCCCGCUGGUUUACCUCUUUUACAAGAUCCAAGUCUACUACAACAAGACGUCGGCCGAGCUCAAGCGCAUGGACUCGACGACGCGGUCGCCGGUCCUCAACGUCAUUGCCGAGACCAUCAACGGCCUCUCGACGAUUCGGGCGUUUGGCAUGACGACAGCCUUUGCCGCCAAAGGUCGCGCGGCCCUGGACUACAACCAGCGCUUCUUCCUCGUCUACCAAGUCGGCACGCGCUGGCUGCAAAUGCGACUCGAUUGGCUCUCGGCCGCCAUCAUCGCCGGCGUCGCCUUCCUCGCCGUCGCCACAAAAGCCUCCAUCGGGGUCGCUGCCGCUGGCCUCGCGCUCACGUACGCAUCCCAGAUGACGGCCUUCUUCUCCAAGAUGACCACGUUCUUUCCUUCCCUCGAGACCGAAGGUGACACACAGGUCGUCACGACGACCGUCGACGCGUCGUGGCCAACCCAAGGCGUCGUCACCUUUGACCACUACGCGAUGCGGUACCGCGACCACCUCGACCUUGUCCUGAAAGACGUGUCGUUUACCGUGCCGGCUGGCGCCAAGGUCGGCAUCUGCGGCCGCACGGGCUCGGGCAAGAGCUCGCUCAUGGUCGCGCUCUUCCGCAUGGUCGAGGCGGCCUCUGGUCGCAUCCUCAUCGACGGCGUCGACCUCGCAUCGAUCGACUUGCACACGAUGCGGUCGCGGCUCACCAUCAUCCCGCAAGACCCGGUCCUUUUCUCGGGCUCGCUGCGCUUCAACUUGGACCCGUCCAAUGGCUCGAGCGACGACGAGCUCUGGAGCGUGCUCAAGCAAGUGCACUUGGGCGAUGCCAUCUCAACUCUUGAGUUUGAGGUCGCCGAGAAGGGCGGCAAUCUCUCGGUGGGCCAGCGACAGCUGCUCUGCAUCGCGCGCGCCUUGUUGCGCAAGAGCCGCGUCGUCUUGUUGGACGAAGCCACGGCCAGCAUCGACUUGGCGUCCGACCGGCUCAUCCAAGAAACCAUCAAGGAGUGCUUUGGUCACGACGUGACACUGCUCGUGAUUGCGCACCGUCUGGACACGAUUCUGGACAGCGACCAGAUUCUGGUGAUGGCCGACGGUCGCGUGGCCGAGUAUGGACCCCCGAGCGAGCUGCUUGCGAACGAAGCGAGUGCGUUUGCACAGCUGGCCAAGCAGGCACAGCUAGCUUGAUAAUGUGAUUCCGU